CACCGCUUCUCAUUCGCACACGAACCAAUUCGGAUCACAACUAAUUGUGUAAGUCAGAUCUCUUCUUUUCUUUUCUUUUCUUUCAAUAAUAGAUAGAUAGUAAUCGUUUAUCUGUCUGUAUAUAACACAUAACAUAACCUCUGUUGAUUCAAUCUUUUAUCGAGUUCAGCAGAUCUAGGGUUAUUCAUAUAUUCUGUAAAACCUGUUUGUUUUAACAUAUCAAUAAACAAUAGUAGAAAUGGUUAGUUGUAGUUGUAUUGGUAUUGGAAUAUCCAGUAUGAAGCCAUCUUGCUGUAGGAUCUUAAUUUGUUACAAAAGAUCUUCGCAUUUCGGUCUUCGAAUACCUGUUUGUAACCGUUCAGAUGUCAUCAAUUCGUCGAAAUCUCGUGGUUGCAACAGAGUUCUAGGGUUUAGAGGAGGUGUGGUUGAUCCAAAGUUAGGGUUUAGAGAUUCGAAUCGGAAGGGUUUUUGUGGUUCCGGUUCGAAUUGGAGAAGACAGCCGCCAUUCAAGGUGGGAGUAAAUGAUAGGAGGAUUGUGUCUAAAGUGGCCUCAGAUUAUUCGACUUGGGUUGGAUCGCAUGUUAAUGAUAGUACAAGCUGGGAAAAGAUUUACAUUCAAGGGGGGUUAAAUGUUGAAAAGGUUGAAAGUAAAGAAGAUAAGUUAUUAGAUUACAGUGCUGCAGAUGUAAAUAAUAAUGAUAGGAAGGAGUCGGAGAUUGACAAGGAAGCAUGGAAUUUGCUUAGAGGGUCUGUUGUGAAUUACUGUGGAAGUCCUGUUGGAACUAUUGCAGCAACCGAUCCGGCUGAUAAGCUGCCACUGAACUAUGAUCAGGUCUUUAUUCGUGAUUUUGUACCUUCGGCACUUGCCUUCUUGCUCAACGGAGAAGGAGAGAUUGUCAAGAACUUUUUGCUACAUACUCUUCAGCUGCAGAGUUGGGAAAAGACAGUUGAUUGCCACAGCCCUGGGCAAGGGUUGAUGCCAGCUAGCUUCAAAGUUCGAAGUGUGCCUCUUGAUGGAAGACCCGGGGAAUUUGAGGAUGUUCUUGAUCCUGAUUUUGGUGAAUCAGCAAUUGGGCGUGUCGCACCAGUUGAUUCUGGUUUGUGGUGGAUUAUAUUGUUAAGAGCUUACGGGAAGAUCACAGGUGACUACACUUUGCAAGAGCGGGUGGAUGUUCAAACAGGAAUACGAUUGAUACUCAAAUUGUGUUUGGCUGAUGGGUUUGACAUGUUUCCGACUCUGUUGGUGACUGAUGGGUCCUGCAUGAUCGAUAGAAGGAUGGGUAUUCAUGGCCAUCCUCUUGAAAUUCAAGCUUUGUUCUACUCAGCACUACGGUGCUCACGAGAGAUGGUGAUUGUGAAUGACACAACAAAAAAUCUAGUAGCAGCCGUCAACAACCGGCUCAGUGCUCUGUGUUUUCACAUUCGUGAAUACUACUGGGUUGAUAUGAAAAAGAUUAACGAAAUCUACCGUUAUAAAACUGAGGAAUAUUCUACUGAUGCCAUCAACAAAUUUAACAUCUAUCCCGAACAGAUUCCGUCUUGGUUGGUAGACUGGUUUCCGGAAUCUGGUGGAUAUUUUAUUGGUAACUUACAACCAGCUCACAUGGAUUUUAGGUUCUUCACCCUCGGAAACCUGUGGGCCAUCGUUUCCUCAUUGGGUUCCCCCAAACAGAAUGAUGGUAUAUUGAACUUGAUUGAAGAGAAAUGGGAUGAUCUUGUAACAAACAUGCCUCUAAAGAUCUGUUACCCUGCACUCGACAAUGAAGAAUGGCGUAUAAUUACUGGAAGUGAUCCUAAGAACACUCCUUGGUCAUACCAUAAUGGUGGAUCCUGGCCUACGCUUCUUUGGCAGUUCACUCUUGCUUGCAUCAAGAUGAAGAGGCCGGAACUUGCAAGGAAAGCAAUUGCUUUAGCUGAGAAGCGGCUUUCAACUGACAAAUGGCCUGAAUAUUAUGACACAAGAUACGGAAGAUUCAUCGGAAAGCAAUCUCGGCUUUAUCAAACAUGGACCAUUGCUGGAUUCCUGACCUCCAAGAAGUUAUUGGAGAACCCUGAGAUGGCAUCAAACUUGUUUUGGGAAGAGGAUUAUCAACUUCUUGAGAACUGCGUGUGUGGGCUUGGUGGAAAAUACGGGCGCAAGAAAUGCUCUCGCGCUGCACUGCGAUCUCAUCACGUGGUUUAGAAAUCAUCUCGCAUGCUGUCUCAUUUACUUUGUAACCGAAGAAACAUGUCGAGUCCAAGUACAUCGUUUGACUUGUUGACUAAAUUACCUAGUUUCAUAAAAACUACAUUACCUGAGCCAGCUUAAUCGUACAUUUGUACGAAUGCCAGACUGAUUGUUAGUUGAUUUACUGAAAUGAAUUUCUUGGUUGGAAAAUGUUGAAAUUGCAUCGAAUAUCCUCAUUUAAAGAGA